AUGAAUUCUACUCCACUAGAAUUCCUAGAUCUCAACUGCAGUGCACGCGAUAUCGAGGAUUAUUUUGAACGUUUUGAGAUUUGGUGGUUGACUCGUUCAAAGCCCGACGAGGGAAAGAAAUCCGCUUUCUUUUUGAAUGCUGCCAGGAAAAAUGCUCACAUACUCAUCAAAAACUUGGAUUAUCCCUCUCCACCUGUUUCGUUGCCGUACGAGGAUUUAAAAUCCCUUUUCCUACAUGUGAAGUCAACGAACUUUGAAGCCUCAAUGGUACGCAAUCCGAAUCAGGGCAUCCGGAAAUUCAUCUAUGAUUUCCUCAUUCAAGCUGUAAAGUGUGAUUUUGGAAACUUAUUGGACAUGCAAUUGAGAGAUCGGCUGAUCUCUGGCAUUAACAAUACUGUUUUGCAAAAUGAACUUCUAAAGCUAUCCAAUCCAACGUUCAACGAUGUGCCGGCCCAUUGCGAACAAUAUCAGGACAUUCGCCAGCUACUUCACCCAUGCCGUCGACCAUCGAAUCUACAGCUAUGUUCAAUUCACUCAAAACUAAAUCCACGGAAGUUCAUGCAACAGCCGAACAUCUCAAAACAGCUACACAAUCUAGCUCACACAAUGUGA